CAGGGAUAUCGGUCAUCCACCGAUUCACUAGUGGAUGCCGCCAUGUUCAUGUCAUCACACGCGCUCGCAACUGUCAACUAACAACACUUCUCGUAUUUUAUCGGUUUUUUUUUACUUCGAAUGGGUUCAGUGAUGGAUGCGACGAUUUAUCGCCGAGAUCGUCUCGCCGUGACGAAAGUAGUUUAGUUUCGAGGGGCUUCAGUUGUCUUUUUGGAUGAUCUCGGGGGGAAUGCGAGUGAAAAUUCUCGGGUAAUCGGGGGAUUUUGUGAUUGCGUAUAUUCGGGAACAGCUGUUUACCACGAGGUUAUGUGUAUCCUGCCGUCAUGACUAGAGUCAACAACAAACAAGAGACAAUGAGUGAUGAUGAUGAGUGCAUUGUUGAGGGGCAUCAGCCUGGGGGCCCCGGGAAGAGGCACAUCAGGUUCAGGGGGGAUGGCACGCCCUCCAGGAGCGCGGAGGACAGGGUCCAGGGGCUGGACCCUCAGGAGAAUCGUCCAGAGGCGGCAGGGGGACCUGAGAUACCUCCGAAACCUGGCGUGUCAAUCUUCGAAUUCGUCAAGACUGAGCUCACGAGGGGGUACCAAUUGGAGCAUGACGAGGAGAGGUUCUCAGCGAGGAGAGAGAAAAUUUAUUCCUUCAUGAAGAUUCCUAGGGAGGUCGAGAAAUUUAUGUCUUAUGGAUUUUUUCAGUGUGCAGAUUCAUUUUUAUUUGUCUAUACUUUUUUACCAUUGCGAUUUCUGAUGGCUCUGUGGGCAAUCAUCAGUCGACCCCUCAAGCAUUGUUUGAGGGGAAAGAAAGGUGCGAGAAAAAAGGAAGAACCUUUUCUGCGCCCAGCUGAGGUCUGUGAUCUACUGAAAGGAGUUGUUGUGGUGGGCUGUUGGGCAGCAACGAGCAAAGUCGACACGUCGAUGAUGUAUCAUUUGGUCAAGAGUCAGUCGGUUAUAAAACUGUACAUUUUUUAUAACAUACUGGAGGUCGGGGAUCGAUUGUUCAGUGCCUUUGGGCAGGACACUAUUGACGCUUUACUGUGGACCGCCACUGAACCCAGGUCAAGAUCACAGUCCAGGCAUCGGCAGCAUCUGGGGACAUUUCCCCACUUGCUAUUUGCGUUGACCUAUGUCUUACUGCACAGCAUUCUGGUGCUGUUCCAAGCCACAACUCUCAACGUGGCUAUAAACAGCAGCAAUAAAGCUCUGUUAACAAUUAUGAUGUCGAAUAAUUUUGUAGAAUUAAAAGGCUCCGUCUUCAAGAAAUUCGACAAGAAUAAUUUAUUUCAACUAGCCUGUGCCGACGUAAGAGAGAGAUUUCACCUGACGAUGCUCCUCCUCGCUGUGAGUCUUCAAACGAUGAAAGAAUAUGCGUGGAAAGCUGAUCGCCUAGCUGUUCUCCUUCCUGAUUGUAUACUCCUAAUUGUUGCUGAAAUUCUUGUUGAUUGGGUGAAACACGCCUUCAUCACGCGCUUCAACGAGCUCCGCUCCACGGUAUACCGAGACUACACAGUGAGUUUAGCCUACGACAUGGCCCAGACCCGCCAGGAGACGGCGUUUUCCGACCCCUCAGACCUCGUGGCACGUCGAAUGGGCUUCAUUCCCCUGCCCCUCAGCGUAGCCAUCGGCAAGGUCCUCUGCACAACCCUCACCCCAUCAGCCAAGCCCGCGAACCUUCUCCUCUUCUUCCUCGGGUACUUGAUCCUCGUGGCCCUGAGGGUCCUCAACAGCCUCAUCAUCCUGGGAAAGGCCUGCGACCUGAUCACCUCUCACACCAGCAAGAACAACGUCAACCCUACGAAAUCAACUCCCCAGAGGAUUCAGAGGUCCACCAGCGUUGUGGACCAGAAAGACCCCAAUUGUGCAAUGGCAAUGUUUUCAAACUCAGCUGUCAGUCUCAAUAACGUAUGUCUGAACGAGGCCCUGUUGAAUAACGAUAAAGCACAAUCUCAUUCUGAGGAAUUUUCCACUAAACAUGUGGUCAGAGCUGAGAGCGAGCCUCUCCUCGCUCAAUGACACGACUUCAAGUCUUACGUAAUUAUUACGUAGCCAAUUUUUUUUUUAUUUAAAUGAUCGUGUACAUACGCUGUACAUAAUGACGUUGAAUAAGGGGUUUUGAUAUUUCUCCGUGGGAAGAAAUCAUUGUGAUUGUGCUGUAGAGUUUUAGAGUCACCUGAUUUAUAUAUAUUUGCGGUGUUUUUGUGGCAGAGGAGCGAUGCAGCGGUGCAGUGCCUGUUAUUUUUUCGUUCUAUUUUUUCAUGCCGCGAGAAUGUAUGAUUUUUGCUUUGGCAUAUUAAUAGGCGGGGUGGGGUAAAAUGAGCAGUUUUUGAUUUUUCCAUUUUUUUAUGAAGAGAAUAUUUGUUUCUGGUUGUAAUGAGUCGGUCUGGACUGAUCUCAAUCGACAAAUUUGCUUAUGAGUUAUGAGUAUCUUGUAUAAAUUGGGAAAUGCUUGUUUUAUCUUCCCUUCGCCUGCAACUCUUUAUUUUUUAAUGGGACAGUUCAAAUUAUGUUGCUAAUGUAAGCUAAGAGAAAUUUUUGUUAUUGAAUUAAUAAAAUGGUAAUAAAACAAUGCAAUGUAUAAUUUUUGGGUGGGGUAAAACGAACAGGUUUCAAUUUUUCAAUUUUUUUAUGAGGAGAAUAUUUCUUUCUGUUUAUAACGAGUCGAGGUUGAUCUCAAUUGACAAAUUUGUUUAUGAGUGAUAAAUAUUUUGAAUAAAUUGGAAAAUGUUUGUUUUAUCUUCCCUUCGCCUACAACUCUUUAUUUUUUAAUGGGAUAGUUCAAAUUAUGUUGCUAAUGUAAUCUAAGAGAAAUUUUUAUUAUUGAAUUAAUAAAAUGGUAAUAAAACUAUGCAAUGUAUAAUUUUUACUUUGUUAUUAAUAGGCGGGGGUGGGGUAAAACGAAGAGUUUUCAAUUUUUCCAUUUUUUUUAUGAAGAGAAUAUUUCUUUUUGGUUAUAACGAGUCUCGAUUGAUCUCAAUCGACAAAUUUGUUCAUGAGUUACGAAUAUUUUGAAUCAAUUGGAAAAUGUUUGUUUUAUCUUUCCUUCGCCUACAACUCUUUAUUUUUUAAUGGGAUAGUUCAAAUUAUGUCGCUAAUGGAAUCUAAGAGGAAUUUUUAUUAUUGAGGAAACUUUAACAUAAACUUUUCUGUACCAAAAACGAAAAUGAUAAUAAAAAAAUGCUAUGGUCUUCA